UUACCUUAGAGUUGCCGUCUUCUCUUGCAAAAAGUUGUAACCAGUACAUUUUUCAUAAAUAUUUUGUGCGAUUGGUCAAUUUUUCCAACGCUCAGCUUGUUUUCGUUAAUUUAACAAUACCUGGGCCUGCGGUGCAAACGCAGCAAACCGCUAGUAGUAGUACAAAAUGGCCGAUGCUGAUGUAAAUUCAGGAAACGAAAGCGGGUCUGCAUCCUCCAGUCGCAGUAGCAGCCGCAGUCGUAGUCGUAGUCGCAGUGUCACACCGCAGCGCAAUGCGCCGGGAUCUCCACACAGUCGCAAAUCGGGGAGUGGUAGCGAUCGUUCCGGCUCGGGUUCGCGUUCUCGGUCCGGCUCACCACAGAGUCGUCGCUCAUUAUCACCUCGAAGUCGACGCUCACGCUCAGGAUCGGCUCAUAGUCGACGCAGUGGCUCUGCACAAAGCCGACGAUCUGGCUCUGUAGCAAGUGUUCGCUCGCGUUCUCGCAGCCCAACGCCAAAUAACAAACGCCCAAAAUCACGUGGCAGCGGCAAUGAUGAGUCGCGCUCCAACUCCCCAAAUCUGCAGAUUGAUGAUCAGCGCGCUAAUUCAAAAAGCAAAAGUCGCAGUCGAAGCGGUAGUCGCACCUCCAAAUCGCGUUCCCGUUCAAAGUCGGGCACACCACGUUCCGCUCGCACAUCACGCAGUAGAAGUGGCUCCGCGUCCGGAUCAGGUAGUGACAUCGGUGUGCCUAAGAAAAAGCAGCGCCGUCAAAGCAAUUCAGGUAGUGAGAAACGCAAGAGCGACAGCGAUGCUGGCAGUCCAGUAAAAGCCAAAAAAUCACGUUUGAUUGAUUCAGAUAGCGACGAAGAAGAAGCGCCUCAGAAGGCGCCCGCAGCUGCGGACAUUUUUGGUGAUGCAGAUGACAUCAGUGACGAUGAUGAGGCGACCCCACAAGCUGGAUCAACCAAGUCACCAUCAGGUAGUGCAGCACGUUCUCGCAGUGGCAGCCGUAGCCGAUCACGUUCACGUAGCCGCUCAAUGAGUCGCUCACGUAGUCGUUCACGCUCGCGUUCACGAGAUGCUCAGCCAAAGCAGACGCAGAUAGCAACCAAGGAAGAUGAACCAGAGCCUUUGCCGGAAACACGCAUUGAUGUGGAAAUACCACGCAUAUCGGCAGAUUUGGGCAAGGAGCAGCACUUUAUCAAGUUACCCAAUUUUUUGUCUGUGGUCACGCAUCCAUUCGAUCCAGAAACGUACGAAGAUGAAAUCGAUGAGGAGGAGACUAUGGACGAGGAGGGUCGUCAACGUAUCAAGCUCAAGGUGAGCAACACCAUUCGCUGGCGCGAGUACAUGAACAAUAAGGGUGACAUGGUGCGCGAGUCAAAUGCUCGUUUUGUGCGCUGGUCGGAUGGCAGCAUGAGCUUGCAUCUGGGCAAUGAAAUCUUUGAUGCAUAUCGGCAGCCCUUAGUCGGUGAUCACAAUCAUCUGUUUAUACGACAGGGCACGGGUCUGCAGGGCCAGUCAGUGUUUCGUACCAAGUUAACGUUUCGUCCGCAUUCAACGGAAUCAUUUACGCACAAAAAGAUUACGAUGUCUUUGGCGGACCGUUCAACAAAAACAAGUGGUAUUAAGAUUCUUACACAAGUGGGCAAAGAUCCCACCACAGAUCGUUACUCACAACUUAAGGAGGAGGAAGCCAAACUGCGCAUGGCCAUGCGCAAUCAACAUCAACAUAAGGUACAGCCCAAAAAGAAAAAAGCUAAUGCCGGCGAAGCAAACGCUGGUGGAGGUAAUUCCUCCUAUCAGCAUGAUGAUGGCAGCGAUGAUGAGAAUGCCAUUAGCCUGAGUGCUAUUAAGAAUCGCUACAAGAAGGGUGGCGCUGGAGCCCAAAAUGAGCCAAAGGCUUCCAUUUACUCCACCGAUGAGGAUGAAGGCUCAGAUUUUGAGGGGCGUCGUACCAAGAAAAUGAACAAGGCAAAGGCAAGCAAAGCUUUGCGUGACUCGGACAGCGAAUCCGAAGCAGAAGGUGCUGGCGCUGCUGCUAGUGGUAGCGACAAUGAAAGCCGUAAAAGCGGCAGCAGAUCGGGUAGCGGAUCUGGCAGCGGCAGUGGCAGUAGUGGCAGUGGCAGUGCCAGCGACAAUGAUGAUUAGUCCUGCGAAUCUGUUUUAAUAGUAAAAGCAAUUUUUUUAAUAAAAGAACAAGUAACUUUGAGA